GGCUAGCUGGAAGGUUUAGGUUUAAACCCGGUCGCGCGGAGGUAAUCAUAGUUUUAUAGAAUAAAACAGUAAUAAAAGCCUAGUAUUUGUUAAUGUGUAUAUAUAUAUAUAUGCGCUUAAUAUAGUUUUGAUCAAAUAAACAGUUCUGUUUAAAAGUCGAUUAAAGCGCAUAAGGAGACCAGAAGAUACCAUACCGGCAAACAAAGAAACCCUUUCUCAGAGCAACACAUCCUCAACACUCUUUAGUUAUGAGUCAUGUGGCCGUUGAAAAUGCACACGGUCUAGAACAGCAGAUUGCUGCCCUAGACUUGAAAUCUGAUGCCCAGGGAGGAGGCACUGGUAGGCGCUACAUUCCACCUCAUUUAAGGAACAAAGAGGCUUCCAAGAAUGCAGGAGCUUAUUCCUCUGCUAGACAGAGUGGUUACUCAGUGCCACCAGGAAGGAGCUACUCUCCAGGUGGAUGGGAUGUUGGACAAAGCAAUGGAUUUGUAAAUGGUUCCCACGAUGGCCGUGACAACUACGUGAAUGGGAGCAACACUUUCGGUAACCGUGGACCCAUACGUACCACCCAUAAUGAUCGCGGCGGAAGAGGAGGUGCUUACAGAGGCAGGGGCAGUGGCUCCUAUGUCAUCCAACCAGUUCAAAACACAGGCUUUGGUUAUGACAACAAAGAUGGUGGUGGAUGGAAUGUCCCAAAAGAUAAUGCCUAUAAUAGCUUUGGUGGUCGUUCUGACCGGACCAAGUCUACCUUCUACAAUGAUCGUGGAUCGUCCAGAGGAAGGUAUGAGCGUGGAGGUUUUGGGGGUGGCGGAAACAGUCGGUGGGUCGAUGAUUCCAGAGAUGAGGAGGACUGGUCCAAACCUCUCACUCCCAAUGAAAGGCUGGAACAGGAGCUAUUUUCUGGAAGCAACACUGGGAUUAACUUUGAGAAAUAUGAUGACAUUCCUGUUGAAGCCACUGGCCACAACUCUCCUCAACACAUUGAAAGUUUCCAUGACAUAGAUAUGGGUGAGAUUAUCAUGGGAAACAUCAGUCUGACCCGCUACUCGCGCCCCACUCCAGUCCAGAAAUAUGCCAUCCCGAUCAUCAAAUCCAAAAGAGACCUGAUGGCGUGUGCACAGACAGGCUCUGGUAAGACAGCAGCAUUCUUGCUGCCAGUGCUGAGUCGGAUAUACACAGAUGGACCAGGAGAGGCCUUACAGGCUGCAAAGAACAGUGUCCAGGAAAAUGGCAGAUAUGGACGCCGUAAGCAGUACCCCCUUUCUCUGGUUUUGGCUCCAACUAGGGAAUUGGCUCUCCAGAUCUAUGAUGAGGCUAGGAAGUUUGCGUAUCGUUCUCGAGUACGCCCAUGUGUAGUAUAUGGAGGAGCUGACAUUGGCCAGCAGAUUCGUGACCUGGAGAGGGGUUGCCACCUGCUAGUUGCCACACCGGGUCGUCUUGUAGACAUGAUGGAGAGGGGCAAGAUUGGUUUGGAUUACUGCAAUUACUUGGUCCUGGAUGAAGCUGACAGGAUGCUGGAUAUGGGUUUUGAACCACAGAUCCGUCGUAUUGUGGAGCAGGACACUAUGCCUCCUAAAGGGUUGCGCCAGACUAUGAUGUUUAGUGCCACCUUCCCUAAGGAGAUCCAGAUAUUGGCACGGGACUUCCUGGAAGAUUACAUCUUCUUGGCUGUGGGCCGUGUGGGCUCCACCUCUGAGAACAUUACCCAGAAAGUGGUUUGGGUUGAAGACAGUGAUAAAAGAUCCUUCUUGCUUGACCUUCUGAAUGCCACAGUCAUACCAGGCGAGGUUCAGGACAAUUCUGGGGAAAACAGUGAGAAACCUGGCAAAGAAUCUUUGACUCUGGUGUUUGUGGAAACCAAGAAGGGUGCUGAUGCACUUGAGGACUUUUUGUACCGUGAGGGCUACGCUUGCACCAGUAUCCAUGGUGACCGUUCACAGAGAGAUCGCGAGGAGGCACUUAAUCAGUUCCGUUCUGGGAGAUGCCCAAUCCUGGUUGCCACUGCUGUAGCUGCGCGUGGUCUAGACAUCUCCAAUGUGAAACACGUAAUCAACUUCGACCUGCCCAGUGACAUUGAGGAGUACGUUCAUCGCAUAGGCCGUACGGGUCGUGUGGGAAAUCUUGGUCUUGCAACUUCAUUCUUUAAUGAUAAGAAUGGCAACAUUACAAAAGACCUCCUGGACAUCCUGGUGGAGGCCAAACAGGAAGUGCCAUCCUGGCUGGAAAGCCUGGCUUAUGAGCACCAGCACAAGGGUAGCAACCGUGGCCGCGCAAAGAGGUUCUCUGGGGCGUUUGGAGCCAGGGAUUACCGGCAAACCAGCAGCAGCACCACUAGCGGGGGCUUUGGGAAUCGUGGCAGUCGUAAUGCUGGUGGCCAUGGUGGCAGCCGUGGAUUUGGUGGUGCUAAGGGGGGAUUUGGAAAUUUCUACAACAGUGAUGGUUAUGGUGGAAACUACUCUCAGGUGGACUGGUGGGGAAACUAACUGCUUAACCACACAUGCACCUUUCCACUCCCCAUGAUCAGUGGGCCCCCACACCAAACUCACUGAAUGGAAACCACAUCUAAUUAAACCAGGCUAUAAACCCUGUGUAGCAUUCAAGAACUCUACAGUACAUUAACACCUGUGAUUCUCUGACCAUAUCCUGGAAUAAUGCAUCACUGGCUCUAGGAGACAUUGGCCACAGGAGGAACCUGUCUCCAGACUUGCUCGUUUGUAGAACGACAAAAAGGAAGAGAAGUGGAAAUGUUGCCUGUAUUGGCGUUUUUGUUUAUUUUUAUUCCACUACAUCACGUUGCUUUCUUUGUAGUAAAGGAGAAUUUUUUUUUUGUCAAUGUACUGUGCAUUUUUGAAUUUGGACUCUGUCUUGUUACUUUUAAACAUCAAAUGGCUGAAAAUUGGCCAUAAUUCUGCUUUUUGUGAGUUUAAUUUCUUCAAAAGUGUUUUGAUUUUUGAAAGCACAAAUUAAGAUUAAUCAAACCUUGGCAAGGUUUGGCUUUGGAGUCGAAACCUUGUUCUGAACAUCAAAUUUAUGACAGGGUCACCAGGCUCCUUUCAAAAAUGUACCUGUCCCUCCUUACAUUGGUUUUUACCCUUGCUUUGCAAAGGGAGGAAGAUCUUAAUGAAAAUGUUAAUCUUGCUCACUCUAUCCUGGAGAGGUACCUCUUAAGGGAUGUGGUAGUCAUCUGAAAAGGAUUUAGCAAGUCAUUCCAAUCAGUAACAAUGAAGUGAGCCGUUUGUACCUCCAUUCACAUCAAUGUUUGGAUGCAGACUCGUAUGCUCUUAUGUGAAUCAAAACAUUUUCAGGCAGCUAGUUCAGUAACAGGCUAGCUGAUUGGAGGUGUGCAGUUUCUUCAUUUUGUUCCUUACUUGAACUUUUGUGGCAUGGCAAUUGUUAUACUUUUACUAAAUACUUUUUGAAAUGGAUAAACCAGUGGACUAUGAACCAUUGUGUUGGAACAGUUCAGGUUGCUAUAUUAGAACCAGUGUCAGAGUGGACAGGCCUUAAAUGCCAAGCCCAUCUCUGCAGCAAUGCUCAUGGCAAGUGUUCUUGUUUUUUUGGUCAAGGAGAUAGUCCGACAACGUUCUGAAGCAGGCUUUCCUUUUUGUAACAAAGAAUGUCAUGGAGGUUUUCAUUUCCACUCAAACGUGGUGCUGAAUGUCAGAUAUUUGUGGUCUAGAGAGACAGCUUCCCUGCAAGACCUCUGAAGGCUGGGGGUGAUGGAAAAUCAGGAAUAUUGUACAGAGGGAAGCAAAGUCUAGUGUAAUUGGAGUUUUGGGCAAUAAACUUUUUUUUUUUUUUUUUUUUUUUUUUUUUUGGGUAAUAGCUGGUGUUUUCUUGGUGAACACCAAAGUAAUGGUUACAGUUCCCGUUCCCUCCCUCAAGUUAAUUGAGGACCUCUGUGAUGGCGUGGAGACUAGAUCAGUAGUUGCUCAUUGCAACUGACAGUGAUUUCCACUCCCUUUAAGCAGUUGAGGUGUGAAGGAGGGGGGCACGAUACAUUUUACUGAAGUGCAAUAGAUUUCCUCAAGCAUGUUGUGCCUUUUGACGUUUAAAGAAAAAAAAAAAAAUUAGGUAAAAAUGGUGAACUGAAGUGGAUGCACUUGACCAGUAUUGUGGUAACUUGAUACAAGUGGUGCUAUUUAGGUUUAGGCCCUUGUAUGUUAUGCCCAUGAAGUUUUACAAAAAGUUAUUUUAUUGCACAUCAAGAGUUUUAUAUAAAAGUCUUCAGUGUGUGUUCUUAAGCUUCCAAUAUUUUGUGUAAAGACUAAAAAUGCAGCUUGUUUACAAAACGGAAGGUUUCUCGGUAUUUAGCCAGGAUUAAUUUGGGACCAGGGAAUCGGCAAUGGGGAAUUUAGCUACUUGCACAUAGAUUACUAGAUUCUACUUUUUGCUGCUAGUUUGUGUAAUUUAUUAAGCAUUUUUGAGAAAUAUUUAUUUUUAUAAACCAAAAAGUGAUCAUUUCAUGUUAACUUGACCAAAAGAACGUACAAAAACACUGGUACUUGAAUGUUGAAUGCCACCUGUAUGCGUGAAACUUCUAUUUUUCGGGGUAGUGUGAGCUUUUUAAUGUUUAAGGUCCUUUUGAAAUCAAUCAAAAUCCUCAUUUACUGACUUCUGGCCAAAUAUUCCUCCUAUCAAAGAAAUGAAUUGGCAGCCAAAACUUAACACCAUGCCAAGGUUUGGACAAUAAAUCAAAAUAAUUUUAUACUUAUCAGUGCAAAUUGUCCCGGGGUUUGUUUUUGUUUGUUUUAAAAUACGUAACUUAAAUUUGCCCCCAGUGAGUGGCUGAGGGCAAUCCUAAGGGAAAACAUGUGGUACUUCUGUUGCAUUUUUAGAAAUUUGGCAUUUGGAAUCUUUGUACUCUGUUUUGGUGCUAAAUUCAGCUAGUCUUAAUUACAAAGCAGCAGAUGAGUUUAAGUAAUGUGCAUUUUGCAGGAAAUUAGGCUUUUGAUUCACCAACCCAUGAUAAAGAACUUCAGUGGUGUCCUGAGAGUGAGAAUUUGCUUUCUGUAUUAGUUUCGAAGUUGUACACUGUAUAUUCACUGUAUGAUUUUAUGAAAAUAAAGUUCAAAAUGGCAAAGUACAA